AAGUAGUGCGUUAUCUGUCACUAACUAUAGAACACUGAACGUUUGGUUUCGAUAUUUCACUUAAACUGUAAUGCUAUUUUAACUUUUACAAAAAUAAAACAAAAAUGAAUUAAGACCUUCUAUAUGUUGGUUGUAUACAUUAAAUUUAUGUUUUCUUUGACUUUUGAUAGCACCUCUUAAAUUUUUAUACUCAGCAAUAAUUGGUAAAUUAGCUUUACCAGAUUGUACUAUCCCAUGCAAUCUAGUUUUAUGUCUAAUUUUUUCACGAAGCACUAAAAAACGAGAUAUUAGAAGCGACAAGCGAUUUUUAAAUUUGAUACAAAGUUACAAAAGGAAAGACACUCACGGGCGUACUAAUGAGACGUAAUUAAAUUAACUACCCGUAUGAAAAUGAGCGUUUCGGAAUCCGGGCAAAUCUGAUUUCGGACAUGAACGCCGCUGGCACCGCAAUUGGCGUUACUAUUUUGACAGUCACGGCGGUCUUUGCUUUUAUAAAGCUUCUUCAGACACCAAACGGGCACCAGACCAAAGGAAACAACACUUACCAACUGAUUGAUCCAGCUGGACCGGAUAUACAAUUCGUCCUUUUUACAAGGAAUAAUUCACCAUGUCACCUAAGAUUUGGAGAUCACCAAACGCUCAAUACUUCAGGAUUUAGUGGAAAUCGAGAAACGAAGAUAAUUACUCACGGUUUCUUAAGCAGCAUUGAAAAUGAUGUUUUCGUUAUGAGUCGAGAUGAUACUGGCGAUUACAACGUGAUUGGAAUGGAUUGGUCUGUUCUCUGUCGAAUGGAAUACGUGUCGGCAAUGCGUGGGGCGAAAACGGCGGGACGAAGGCUAGGGGAAUUUAUCAACUUCUUAGCAAGAAACGGUGUAUCACUGAACAGUGUCCACCUUAUCGGGCACAGUCUGGGAGCCCACGUUGUCGCCAUUGCCGGAGACGCUGUGAAAGGGGGACGAGUUGCGAGAAUCACUGGUCUCGACCCGGCUGGGAUCGGUUACGGUGAUAUUCGUCAAGAUAUGAAAUGGGAUAGAGGAGAUGCUCAACUGGUUGAUGUCAUUCACACUUAUUUGAAGUUAAUCGGGGCUGCGCUGCCCUUGGGUCACGUGGAUUUUUAUCCAAAUGGCGGUCAAACGCAGCCUGGUUGUCCAUACAUGACAGGACUCAAUUUACCGGACGCCAUAUAUUGCAACCACGGCAGAUCGCACCAACUGUUUGUAGAAGCAAUUAGAAAUCCGAAGGCGUUUCGAAGUAAAAAAUGCAGAAAUUUGGAAAACGCCCUAACUGGCAGAUGCUUUGAAAAUACAGACGUCUAUAUGGGCCAGCCUGACACGUACAGGCCCGGCUUGUAUUACUUCACAACGCGGGACACUCCCCCCUACUCCAUGGAGGGAAAACAAUAUUCUACGGCUAUGGAUACAACAAACCACUCUCAAUCCAAUUGACAUAUUUAUUGGAAAUCGCUCCGAUUAGAUAAACAAUUCAAAUUAGAAAACAAAAUCGCAAAGCGCUAUAAAGGUUUGAUUUAAUUCAUAUCGAGGCAUUUUGAUUUUUUGCCUUGUGAUUUUUGUCUAGUUUUCAUUUCAUCGGCAUACAAAAAGAGUGCCAAUGCCUAUUAACAGAACAAAAGUUUCUUAUUAUUUGAAUAAAUUUUGUACACAUUGAAAUUGGCUUACCGUAACUUACUUUUACUAAAUGUACCUAAUCCUAUAUCUGAGAAUACACUAAGUAUAGAUUGUCAAGUGGCACGAAAAUUACGCUAAAUAAUACGUUUUGACUGUUGCACAUUAAAAUGUAGUGUGUAUGUAUAAACAUGGUUGCCGAUCUUUUGUUCAAGAAAUGUAAAAUGCUAGAGGUGUGUCAUAAAAAUACUUUCGCUUAUUUAAAAAUAUUUUUUCUCCCAUAUAGAAGUGAGCUACUCUCUUUUUAACCCUUUCUCUUUUUAACUUCUCCCUCUCCUUCUAAAUUUCUCUGUUGAACUCAAAUACUGGAGGUUCAAGGCGAGAGGUUCUGACUUAAAUAUGUGAAAACUACAAUUUCGUUUUAAACAAUGACAAUGGAUCUCCAUACAGCAAUAAUAGAACACAUCGACUUGUUUAAAAUUGCCCUUAACAGUCUUAAGUUGGAAUAAAAACAUACAUUAACUAUGAUAAAACUUUGAUACUGUUUAAUUCGCCUAGUUAGAGUGUUGUAAAACUUGCUUUUUAUUUAGUGCUCACUAGAAGUUAAGUACGAUCGUAUUGUUAACAAUAUUCAGCAGAUUUCAAGUCAAAAUGUUUAAGUAACUCUUUAAAUUGCUUAUAAAUCUUACACAGCCAAUAGACUUUCAAUCAUUUUCCGCUAUUUUCAAGACCAGAAGCAAAGAUUCAGGAAAUCAGCUUGUAAUGCAAAAAUAAGCAUGCUUUCCGUCGUGGCAGAUCAUAAGGUUAUUGCCAGAUAUUCAACUUGUAGUAUGUAUGCAUGUAUCAUAGAAUUUUGAUUUCUCAUCGUUUCUGCAGUUGACAUAUUUUGAUAACGGAAUAACAAAAAAAACACAAAGGCAACAUCUAAACGCCUAAUAAAAUUUUGAGCUCUGGAGUGAAAGUCUCUUUUGUCUUUGUGAUUGUCUCAUUUAGCAUUGAUAAGCUUUUCACGACGCUAUCUGUAAACUAUCGUGGCUGUUUCGUUUGUUUCAAUGAGAAUCUGAGUUUUCGCUAGAACGGCUGAUUAUUUUUUUCCAAUAUGCAAAAUUAUGUUAAAAUUAAACUGUUCUUUAACGCGUCUACAAAAAUGUAAUCACUACAUAAGAAACAAGUUUUAAAAGUCUUAGAGCAAUAUUGUUUUAUACAUGUUCCGUAAUAUACAUAACGCAGUGAAUAAAAAGGCUUUCUUAAUAGCUAAGAUUGAUAAUAGACAUAGAAUUUGCGCCUUUUAUUUGCACCUAUAAUAAAUAAUUCUGUGUAAAUCCCUUAUUUUUGUAUUUGUUAUAUGCUUAUUACAUUUAGUAGUAAAUAUGACAGAUAUCUAUCCAUAUAUGGAAGAAUUGGUUAAAUCGAGCGCAGACACAGUAUCAGCAUCACUCUUGGUGUUCAAAGACUGUAAUGGAAACGUUGUUGCCUACACUAAGGUCAUCGAAUUGAGGGUUGACUGUUAUUAAUAGCUAAUUUUGAAUCGAUAUUCUCAUCGAAAAGAACUCACAACUGUUGAAAAAACGUUAUUGUAGUUAGCCACUGUUUACAAGGAAAUAUCGAUUCUCUAAUAAUUUUGUGGUAAAUCUUCUGCUGAGGUUGCUUCGAAAGUUGGCGAUCAUUCUGACUGUAAGUUUGUUGUUUCCAAUCCAGAUCAUUUGUGCGGAAUAUGUACUAGACCUUGCUGGAAGAUUGGCGGACCAGCUGAUUUUACUGCCUUCUGGCGCUUUUAUUUUUUUACAAUUUAUGUUUUUUGUUGAUCGUGAUAUCACCCAAGUAUUAGAGCUUAUGAAAUUUAAUGGCUGUUAACAAUUUCGGUGCAGGCUUUCAUUCUCAAUAACGCUUCCUCAUUAGUAAUCUCUUGAGUCUACAUACAGUACAGUACAGUCUAGGGUAUCUUCAAGAUUCUUGUAUACAAUCAGCCUUCAAGUUUAGGAAUAGUUUCCUAUUUUAAGGUCGAUGUCUCCUCCCCGUAUAAAAUAAAUGGUUACACGUAAUAUUCGAAGAUUUUUCUGUUCAUUUCUAGUGAGAGGCUGUGGCUUGUAGCUAGUGGCCAUUCCAAUUUUGCAUAUUAUUCUUGGGAAUUUUCGUUGUUUUCCCAUAUCGUAAGAUUUUCAUUUCUUGUAUGGUUUAUGUACAGAUUUGCUCCAUAGACGUCUUUCUGGUUUGACCGAUGUUUACAUAAAAUCAAUAUGUUUCUGAUAUAUCAAACUGUUAACAUUCGGUAUAAAGAUUGCGCUGUUUAUGUGUGCGCCUUUCUUUACCAGCCUGUUGAAAAAUUUAAUCAUUUUGCGGUAGGAGUUAAUUAGAAAAAACCUCUAGAUGUUUCCAAACAGGUGGCUGAUUCGAGAAAAAACGAAAAAGGUCAAGUAGAAAUUGAGCUCUGUGUACUGCGUCCACGCGACGAUCCACUAAGCUACUGAUAUUAAAUUGAUGCAGAAAUCGGCGUUUGUUAAUAAAUAUUCACGUCUAUUUCCGCAAGUGUUCACCCGCAUCGAUAUAAUUCUUA